GGGACCUGACAGCCCUGGGCUCCUGGGGAGCUAAUGGGGAGGGGGGUGGCCGCAGAGAAAACACCUGCAGACAUAAAUAGCAGCCCGCCAAGCGGCAGAGCAGCCAGAGCCGCUCCAGCUCACCUGCGCCAGGAUGCCCGAGGCCCUGCUGCCUGCCUGCCUGCUCGGCCUGCUGGCCCUCACCUCCGCCUGCUACUUCCAGAACUGCCCAAGGGGUGGCAAGAGGGCCAUGUCAGACCUGGAUCUGAGACAGUGUCUGCCCUGCGGCCCCGGCGGCAAAGGCCGCUGCUUCGGGCCCAGCAUCUGCUGCGGGGACGAGCUGGGCUGCUUCGUGGGCUCGGCCGAGGCGCUGCGCUGCCAGGAGGAGAACUACCUGCCGUCGCCCUGCCAGUCGGGCCAGAAGCCGUGCGGGAGCGGGGGCCGCUGCGCCGCCGCGGGGGUCUGCUGCAGCCACGAGAGCUGCGUGGUCGAGCCCGAGUGCCGGGAAGGUCCGGGCUUCCACCGCCGCACCCGCACCAGCGACCAGGGCAACGCGACUCAGCUGGACGGGCCCGCCGGCGCUUUGCUGCUGCGCCUGGUGCAGCUGGCAGCGGGGCCCGAACCCAGGGAGCCCGCCAAGCCCGGAGUCUACUGAGCAGCCCCGCCCGCCCCGCACGAAAUAAACCUUUUC